AUGGAACGAUUGUCAAAGGGUGCAACAAUUGCACCCAUCAUUCUUGCAUCUGAUAAGAUGCAUCUGUCACGCUUCAGUGGAGACAAGACUGCGUGGCCUGUCUAUCUCAGCAUCGGAAACUUGGAUAAGGAGAUACGACGUGCACCUUCGUCCCAUGCAACAAUUCUCAUUGUGGAAGGAUAUCGGCUAUUUCAUGCUUGCAUGGCAUCCAUCCUUCUAUCACUCAUUGAAGCUGGGAAUAAUGGAGUAGAGAUGGAUUGCACAGAUGGAUUCAUACAGAAGGUCUUUCCGAUUCUUGCUGCAACAAUGCUCGUAACAUCCUGCCAAGAAAACUAUUGUCCAACAUGCAACAUUCAGCCCAAUCGAUGA